AUGGACGGUCGCGAUACUCCGAGUCGCGGGGCGCAUGCGAAGAACAGUGCAAACACCCCCGUCAAUCACGCGACACCGACUGCAACUGUCGAGAAUCAGAGAGCGCCAUUGUCACUACGUGUAGAUGGCUUGAGCGCCGCUGCUGUCGCUCACGGCGAUGGCAACUCGACCCCAGCCUAUAUCGAAUCAGAGCGUGGUAGUGAUACUUCGGAGGGUCGACGACCUGAUUAUUACUCCGCUAGUACCCUUACAGAUUCUCUGUCCAGUCUUCCAUCCUCCAAUGAUACAAGCCGGUUUCCAGACUUCGGCUCCCACACCUCGAAUGAACAUGGUUCAGUCCCACCAAAUGAGCAAAGGUCUUCACAAUCGGCAACGGCGAUCCAGCCGGUAAAUGGGGCUGCUGCAGAAAAAUGGCAGCCGUCAUUGCCGACAAUAAAGGCGGGCACUGGAUCACCCGUGUUUCCGCCGAAGCAUUCGCGCACAAAGUCGAACUAUGAUGAGCUGGCUCCAUCGCAGAAAAGAACAGCAACCGGGGAUAUCAAGCCUGUCUCCUUAGAUACACCCAUGACCCACAGCGAUGUGAAUGGAGCUGCGCGGCGACGUUCAAAAAGCACUGGCUCGUCGGUGUAUGGAAAUAGGAUUGCACAGCUAUCGGUCCAUAUUCGUACGCGUCUGUCAUACGCGGCUGCAAAGGUAGAGAAAGAAAAAGAGAAAGCCCGACUUUCGCUUGAGGCUGGGCCUCACCCUACCCUCCGCACAUAUCACAGCGCAUCACCGCUGAGCAAUGCACCAAGUGAUAUAGCGUCAGCGCCAGAGAUAAAUCGACCCUCUCUAGUACAUCAAAGCUCCGGCUCCUCCACUGGAAACUCCAUUCGUUUCCCGAGUCAUAACCGCUCACAAUCAGCAUUCUCAUCUCCUCACCUCCUAUCAAUUCCUAAAUUAGCGCCUCCUGUCGAUAUCAUCCCAUCUAAUAGCGACACACGACGCCGUCGACCAAAUCCUAAUGCAAUCUCAAAACCUAAUCACAGCCCCGUCAGUCGUCACCGACGGCACCACUCACACCAGGAGAACGGACUCAGUCGUCCAGUACUGGGCCCUGGAACACCAUCUCUCUCAUCAACCACACACCCACCAACUUCCACUCCCAACGGAUUCUAUCGACCUCGCACAAAUUCCGAAAAUACCUCAAUGGAACAAGACGCCAUCGAAACCCUCAUGUUCAUGUCCAGUCCUGAGAACUCGGGAUACCGCUUCAGUCCCCGGCCCUUGCAACCGGCAAGCACACAAAACAGUCUAAACGAAUCAAUCAACACAAACGGCACAAAUCACAACGGAAGUCAAGACUCGCAAAGCUCCAGCUCUCACAGCACUCGCGGAUACGAAACAAAACAGGCACUGGAAGCCCAUGCCGGUGACGACAUCGAUCGCCUCCUGGACCAAAUGGACAGCGACAGCGAGGACGAGGGUCGCUAUGCGUCUUACCGGCCAGCUAUUAGUGGCGCGCAUCCUUUCAGAGGACAUCAAGGACGUCAGAGGUAA